AUGAAGUUUGAACUCGGCUUCGUUCUCCUGGCGUCUGCCCUUGGCGGCGCCCUCGCCGACUUGCUCCCAGAGCUCGUCAUUGCGGACAUGCAAGGUCUCAACGCGCCCAAGGGCGACGUCAGCGCCCAGGCGUGUCCUCCCGACUUCCCGCGCAAGUGCCCCAUCAACAACCUCUGCUGCCCUACGAAAUACGACAUGUUCCAUAUCCAGUAA